AUGCAUUUGGCCAUCCUUGUACAGGCAGGAAGAGCAUCGCAGUUGGCCGAGCCUUUUGAAAAAGUGCCUGGACAGGCCGAUUUUGCCUUCGAGGUGCGAGGUCAGGGUCCAAGCCUCCAGCACGGAAAGCGUGAGAAUCUUAAGGCUUCUUUCUUCAUGGCAUUGGAGAAACAACUUGGAAGCUUCAGGCUUUCCCGAAGCCCACCUUCGCCGUGCGAGGAGCCGCAAGCCUUCCAGAGGCUGGCUUCGGGAAGAAAGACGACUUUGGUCGACCAGCUGAUGAAGCAGAGCGGCAUGGGCCUGAAAGUCACGGAGCGGAUGAUGGAUAGCAAGGAUCUGGAGCAGGAGCGAGGCAUUACCAUCCUGUCAAAGGCAACGAGGAUUUCGUGGAAUGGCUAUGUAUUCAACAUUGUAGACACUCCCGGCCACGCAGACUUCGGUGGAGAAGUGGAGCGAGUACUCUCCAUGGUGGACGGCGUCGUCCUUUUGGUAGACAUCGUAGAGGGUCCGAAAACCCAAACGAAGUUCGUUCUUCAGAAGGCGCUCAGGCAUCAAAAGAUGAAGCCGCUGGUUGUCAUCAACAAGGUGGAUCGGCCCAUGACCCGAGAGAACGGCGAAGUUGAAAACGACAUUUUCGACGUCUUUGCUAACAUGGCUUCGACCGACGAGCAGUUGGAGUAUCCGACGUUGUAUGCAUCUGGCAAAGCUGGAUUUUGUGCCAGAUCCCUGGAAGAAGCGCGGUCGGAGAAUCGCCCAACUGACAUGAUGGUCCUAUACGAGACCAUUCGAGAUGUCGUGCCGCCACCCGAGCCGGCCACACCUGAUCCGGCGAUCCUGGAGCUCGACGAGAAGUGCAAGGGGUUCUCAAUGCUGGUGUCGCAGCUCGACAGGCUUCCUGCGCUGGGGCCAACCGUCACGGGGAAGGUGCACAGUGGUCAGAUCCACAAGGGCGACAAGAUCAGCUGCAAAAGCUUGGACGGGGAGGUCGUGGGGUCCGGGAAGGUGCGCGAGAUCACGGUGGUUCAUGGCGUGAGCCGGGAGCCCGUGAAGAUGGCCAAGGCUGGGGACAUCGUCUCCGUGAGCGUCACGGGCUUCACCCCGAGAUGGACUCAGACCCUCGUGAGCCAUCCAAAAGUGCCUCCGGUGGAGUGCCAGCCGAUAGAUCCCCCGGUGAUUGCUGUUCGAGCCGCCGUGAACGACUCGCCCUUGGCGGGUAAAGAUGGCAAGUACAUCACCCUAAACGCCGUGGGCGAGCGCCUGGAAAAGGAGGCACUCACCAAUCCUGCGAUUGAGAUCCAGCAGUCUCCCAAUCGCGACUACUUCGAGAUUCGUGGCCGUGGGGAGAUGCAGCUUGGAAUCCUCAUCGAGGAAAUGCGUCGAGAAGGCUACGAGAUGUCGCUUUCUCCACCAAGUGUCGUCAAGCAGCAAGGUGAGGAUGGGACAGUCCUGGAGCCCUGGGAAGAUGUCCAGAUUGAGGUGGACAUGUCGCAUGGAAGCCUGGUGAUGGAGCGCAUGUCUGGGCGAGGCGGCAAGGUGCUUGACAUGAACACAGUCGGAGAAAGGCAGACAAUCAAGAUGGAGGCUGCAACGUCUUCAUUGCUCGGCCUGCGCAGCUGGCUUAAAGAAGUUACCGGGGGCACCGGCACCGUGGUCUCCGACUUCAAGGAGAUGCGGCCCCAGGGCCCGCCAGCUCCUCGUGACAGGAACGGUGUGCUGAUUGCCAACACCGCCGGCAUUUCCACGGCCGUGGACCUGGGCAAGGCAGCGCGCAUGGGCAAGCUGUUCAUCAGCGAAGGCAUGGAGGUGUACCCAGGAAUGAUCUUUGGCGAGAACAACGCCAUGAGUGACAUCGACACCAACAUUUCCAGGAAACACGAUGGAUAUCAGUCUGCCGCUGGCUUUGCGCCGCCUAUCGAGAAACGGCUUGAGGAGGCCUUGAGCUACAUUCUCGACGACGAGAAGCUGGAGGUGACGCCGAAGCGCAUCGUCAUGCGCAAGGCCAUCCUCGACGCCAACGAGCGAAGGAUAGCAGCCAAGGCGGCCUCGAAGCGAGCGGGUUGA